ACCGUAUCUCGUAUCUCAGGUGCCGAUAAAUAAGUUGGGCUCAGGAGCCUUGCCCAUGUACCACUCGUCACCAGGGUGCCUUAUCUUCCUCUCUUACUCUUUCCUCACCAUUGACGUGUGCAUCUACUAUAUCCAUGGCGUUGAAGGAGGGCAAAGAGGAAAUCCAUGUACUCAUGGUGACAUUACCAGCCCAGGGUCACAUCAACCCCAUGCUUAGACUGGGCAAGCGCCUGGUUGAUAAAGGCCUUGACGUCACGCUUGCCACCACCCAAUUUGGUGGCCACCGUAUGCUCAAAGCCUCCACUAUCAGCACCAUCACCGACACCUUCAUCUCUGGGAUUCGACUUCUCUUUUUCCCUGACGGAUUUAGCCUAGACUAUGACCGCCACACCAAUUUAGACCACUACAUGGAAUCCCUAGCCAAAACUGGACCAGCUAACGUCUCAAAUCUUAUUCAAGAAUACUAUCACGACACUCGCAAGAAACUCUCUUGCAUCAUUAGCAAUCCGUUCGUUUCAUGGGUAGUCGAUGCAGCCUUGGAGAAUAAAAUCCCUUGCGCCAUGCUUUGGAUCCAACCCUGUUCACUCUACGCUAUUUACUACCGUUUUUACAACAAGUUAAAUCCAUUUCCUACCUUAACAAACCCUGACAUGCGUAUUGAGUUGCCAGGCUUGCCUUUGUUGCACACCGAAGACUUGCCUUCGUUUGUUCUUCCAUCAAACCCCUUCGGAAGUUUCCCUAGGUUAUUAUCCGAUAUGUUUCAAAACAUGAAGAGAUAUAAAUGGGUAUUGGCCAAUUCAUUCUUUGAGCUGGAGAAAGAAGCCAUUGACUCCAUGGCUGAGCUCUGUCCAAUACGACCAAUUGGUCCACUGGUGCCUCCAUCACUACUUGGUGAAGACCAAAGUCUUUAUGCUGGUAUCGAGUUGUGGAAACCAGACGAAACUUCCUUAGAGUGGCUAAAAAACCAACCAACUGCUUCAGUUAUAUACGUAUCCUUUGGUAGCUUAGCAGUCUUGUCAGCCAAACUAAUGGAGGCUAUAGCAACUGCUCUCAAGAACGCCAACCACCCUUUUUUAUGGGUGGUGAAACCACCUGAACUUCCAUCAGCUGAUGGUGCAGGCGAGUUGCCCCUUGGGUUCGAAGAAGAAACCAAAAACCAAGGGCUUAUCGUCCCAUGGAGUCCACAAACAAAAGUUUUAACCCACCCAUCAAUCGCAUGUUUUAUAACGCACUGUGGAUGGAAUUCCUUGUUAGAAACAUUCGUAGCAGGCGUGCCAGUGAUUGCGUAUCCACAAUGGUCCGACCAGCCAACAAAUGCCAAACUUAUUGUCGACGUCCUCAAGGUUGGUCUAAGACUCAAGCCUGGCCCUGAGGGAGUAAUUAGCAAUGAAGAAUUAGAGAAAUGUAUAAAACAAAUUCUUAGCUGGCCGGAAUCGGAAGAGUUCAAGAAAAAUGCUGCAAAAUGGAAGCAGGCAGCCCGUGAGGCAGUGGCCUGCGGGGGCUCCUCAGAUCGGAAUAUUCAGCUGUUUGUGGAUGAAAUUGUUGGGAGUUCUUGAAGUGGUCCCUCGAAGAUAAUUAUGAUGUUUUCAUGAAGAAGCGAUAUAUGCACGACCUUCUGCCUUGUAAUUUGAUUGUUCUGCUUCGAAUGUAAUGUUUCAAUUAAUUAUUAAAAGAUGCAAGACAGUGAUAUUGUGUCAAUUUUAUAUAUCAAUUAAGAGUAUGUUGCCAUUUUUUUUUUGUUGGUGAAAUUAUGUCUAAAAAUUGUUACAAACAUUGCAUGACAAGUCGAUGGUAGGCAAGCUCGUGUCUCUUUAUGGUUCAACGAAUAAAACUCAUCCAAUACGAAGUUUUGUAAAGUAUGUAUGACUUUCCAAUCAAAGUAUCGAUGCAAUUUUAGUGUCACUUUAUUGAUGUCAUUUA